GUCACAGGGGAAGAUCAAACUGGCAAUCUAAUGAUCAGAUUUGAAUGGCCAGCCGAUGCUCCCAAACUUUCUGCCUGUAUAUAUGUUUGAAAUAAAUGAAAUAUUAAAUGUUAAUUUUAUGCACAUUGGGCUGGCUUGGCUGUUAGUGCUGCUGCUUCACAGAUCCACCAUUCUGGUUUGGAUUGCCAGGCCUGCUCACUGCCUAUGUGGACUUUGAGUUUAUUUCUUCUCUGGGUAUUUCAAUUUUCCUCCCACAUCCCCAAAAUCUUGCCUGUUAGUUUGACUGUCAAUUCUAAAUCGUCGUCAUUUAAGUUUCUUAGUGGGCACCCCACCUAGUCACAGAUAAUUUGAAAUGGACUAAUUUAAUUUUGUGUAAUUGGAUAAACAGAACAUUAAUUAUUAGGUAUCAACAUUUCUUAUUUAUUUACUGUAUAGUAUGAGGGUGUUGUACUGUGUUAGCCAUUAUGGUUGUAGUGAGGAGUCAAGCAAAAAUGACCUUUUAUUGGCUAACUAAAAAGAUUACAAUAUGCAAGCUUUCGAGGCAACUUGGCCCCCUUCUUCAUGCAAGAUGUAAUACAGAAACUGGAGUUCCAUGUGUUUAUAUUCACACUAGGACGAGUAACAACAUUGGUAAAUCUUUAAGUGAGACACUGAUUUAUUUAUGUAAAUGUUUUUUCCUUUUAUUCUUUCAGCAUUAAAGAUGAAGGCAUUUUGGAAAAUGAGGUCCCUGACCAUCAACCUGUAUUAACUACUUCUUGUUCUCAUCUUUACAUAAGCGUGGUGUGCUAUUCCUUAUUUUUACUUUUCUCUCUUCCUUUCAAUAUCCAGAAUAAAUACUCAAUGAGAAUUCCACCUUGUACUCACACAGCCUGCAGGUAGAUGCAAGGCAGACAUGCGUUAGAAGCGUAUUCUGUGGCUAGUGUCACGAUUGACGUGUCUCACUCCCUUUAUGCUAUUAUUAGAAAUAGUUUUUUUGCACUUUUCUUCCGGGUGAUUACCUGGCCAUAGAGUGUCUCAAAUUUAAACAAAUAAUCAGACCAAAACCCCAAAUGUUGAAAUCAUAUGUCACACUGAAACCUUCCCAUUCUCUUAGUUGACUCGGUGUUUGACACAAUGGCGGAAGCAGACUCCUCCUUAUCACAGGAUCAGUUUAACUGUUCUGUGUGCCUCGACAUACUGAAGGAUCCCGUCUCGAUACCUUGUGGGCACAAUUACUGCAUGACCUGCAUUACAAGCUACUGGGAUCUGACGGGAGAGUACAGCUGCCCUCAGUGUCGAGAGACUUUCAUCAUGAGGCCAGCUCUUCGGCGAAACACCUUACUGACCGAAGUUUUGGAGAAAAUAAAAACUGGGCUAAGCCCCAUUCCCUGCCCGAGUACUGAACCCGGAUACGUGGAGUGCGACCUCUGCAUGUUGAGAAGAUUUAAAGCGGUCAAGUCCUGCCUGACCUGCCUGGCAUCCUACUGCGAGGUCCACAUUCAGUCCCACCAGGAGUCCGAGGCGCUGAAAAGACACGUGUUGGUGGAGCCACAUGGAAAUCUCCAACAACACAUCUGCACAAAACACCAGAAGGUUCUGCAGAUUUUUUGUAGGACUGACCAGAUGGGUAUCUGCUAUUUGUGUGUGACAAGUGAACACCGGGCACAUGACACCAUCACACCAGAGACAGAACGAGCUACCAAACAGAUCCAGUUAGGGAUGACACUAACAGAAAUCAAGAAGAAAAUAAAGGAGAAGCAGAGGAAACUGGCCAAAGUUCAAGAUGCGAUGGGCUUUCUUAAGGUCUCUGCAGAGAGAGAAACACAGGAAAGUGCAACAAUCUUUACGGAUCUGAUCGACUCCAUUGAGAAAACAUACAACAAAGUUACUGAGCUCAUUAGAGAUCAAGAGAAGAACGAAGUGGAAAAGGGUGAAGGACUGGUGGAGCAACUGCAGAGCGAGAUUGAGGAGUUGAAGAGGAGAGACGUUGAGCUAACUAAGCUUUCAGAGACAGAAGACCACAUCCACUUCUUACAGAUAUUCCCAUUUCUUUGUAUUCACCCAGAAGACGACCCCACCAAUGUUACUAUCAAUACAAACUUCCCUUCUGAGGCCCUGAGGAAAGAGAUGUCUCGACUGAAAAAUCACCUUGAUGAGAUUAGCAAGUGGGGAUUUGAGAAUCCUACACAGGCCGCCAUCAGCCCUCUUCCUUCCACCAUGCAGCCACCAGAACCGAUUAAAAGAAACGAUUUUUUACAGUACUCCUGUCAGCUAACACUGGAUCCCAAUACUGCAUAUGAGAGGCUCUAUUUGUCUGAAGAAAACACAAAAGUAUCUAGAAGUUUAGAAGCCCAUUUCUAUUCUGAACAUCCUGACCGAUUUGAAUUUUGGGAUCAAGUUCUCUGCAAAGAGGGCCUGUCUGGGACACGCUGUUACUGGGAGGUGGAGUGGAGUGGAGCUGCAGAGAUUGGAGUCACUUACAAGAAAAUCAAGCGUAAGGGAAUGGAGCAGGACUCCCGUCUGGGGUAUAACAAAAAGUCUUGGACUUUGUGUUGUUCCAGCUACACUUAUUCGGUGUGGCACAAUAACAAAGAGACUGAACUAAGAGCCCCUACCUGUACCACUAUAGGAGUGUAUCUGGAUUUUCCUGCUGGAACUCUGUCAUUUUAUAGCAUCUCAGACUCAAUGAUUCUCCUACACAAGUUCAAGACCACCUUCACCGAGCCACUCUAUCCUGGGUUUUGUCUUAAGGAGUACAAUUCUAGUGUAACUAUCUGCUAGCUGAGCCAGACUCUGCUUAUCUGUGCUGGUGAGAACCACGCUAAUCAAACCGCCCCUACAUUAUUCAUCCACAAGCCUUGGCUGCUCUGUAAAAGUGUUCAUUUUUUGUAAAUGGCUAUUUUUUUUUGCUGUGGAGCAUUUUGGCAUGAAGCAUAGAACUGGUGCCAUGCAGUUUUACUGAAGUGUCAGACUGGCAUUGGACUGUCCUCGCUUGCCUGCUUUUAUUUGAAAUGUUUUCUGAAGGCUUUCCAGUUUUCUUUCCACAAUCCCAAAAGUAGCUAUUUUGUCUCAUGGAGAGAGAGAGAGAGAGACAUCCCACAUCAGCCACACAUCCUCCCUGUAUCGAAAUUGGUCCUCUGGAUUACAUAGCUGCCUCCCUAUAGUUGAGUCCGUCAGCCAUAACAGUCGAUCAGCCCAUGAACUACAAAGUUGUGUAACAGCAGACUCUCUCCUUCUCGGCCCUUCCAACUACAGAAGUCUCACUGGAAUAGAUAAGUGCCUUUUUAAUGAACUUGAGUAUAACGAAACCUUGUCAGCCAUGGAAAGAAUUGUGUCAUCACACAGAAGCAAUGAUCACUAAGUGGUAAGAAGAGGCACCGCGGACAUCUCUGUAUGGAGGAAUCCAAAUUGGACCCACCUUACUUUAGACAUCCUGACGAGUGAAGUCUUGUCCAUUAAUGCUAAAGCUAAUUAUGGCUAUUUUGCUGAAGCUUUUCAAUAAAACACAUC